ACACCAGGAUGUGCUUCUUGGAGACUUCUUUAGAGGAGCCACCCUUCUGUCCAAUGAAAACCUUGAACCUCUUCAGUUUUAAGUGACAUCACUAUAUCACUUUUGGGGUUUGUUAACUCUUUGUGGCCAGGUGUUUUAAACUUACAAGAAUUUAAAUAUCACCAUAAACACUGAAAGCUUGCAAACAUUCAUGAAGCUGCAUUUACAAAGCACUAUGUCAUAUUUUUUAGACUGUCUCAGUUCAUAGCCUUUGUAAUUCUCCUGCCCUUUGAGGCUCCAGAAUAAAACUGCUGAGCUGGAGAUGCCCCUGGAAAAUCCACAAUUAAAUGGAUUUUUCAUGCAUUAUAAAGCACUUUGCCAGCAAUCAGCUCAGCUAAAACAGAGAUGUGUUCACAUCACACACAAUGAACAUCAUUUAAUAGCAUUAUAGAACAUUUGGUGCCAAAGAAAAUUCCUCACUUCUCUGGCAGUCCGUGGCUUUGUUUUGCAUGGAGGCAACUUAAAUUGAAUCUUUUCAUGUUACAUUUGAGAUCAGCUUUUAAUAUCAAGCAUGUAAUGAAUCCUGACAUUUUAAAUACAUAAAUAUAUGUUUUUUAGAGUUUAUGAGUCAAAGUCACCAAGAUUUUCAUAACAUAUAAUUCAAUUUCUAUAAGCGUUUUUAGCACAUGAAUGCUGGCGACAGUUGCACUGAAAAUUACAUCUCUACUACAACUUUUUUCUUUUGUCUAUGGUUGCUAUGAACCUGAAUUUGAAUUUAACCUCUUUAUCUUCUCUAUUUAUGGUGCAACAUACUAAAAUAUUUCAGGCCUUAAAUGUAUGUGAGCAAAACCUCUAUGUGAUGUGUAGAGCAAAGGAGAUCGGCUUGCUGUAAUGCAAUACUGCACAUAAUAUUAAUUUAUGGAAAAUGAUAGGACAAGCAGCACCCAUUAUUAUAGAAUACAAGAUGCAAUAUGAUGUGAUAUGAUAUAUGAUAUGAGAGGAUAGGAUUGGACAAUAUGAUAAGAAAUCAUACAAUAUAGCUUACACAAGGUCAAUUUUGUAUUAUAUCAUCCAUCUAUCAUACGUUCCAUUUGCAGAUCUUUAUCUUCCAUUUUACAUAGAUUAGUUUGAUCCAGAGCAAGGACUUGUGUUAUUACAUUUCUGUCUUUUAAUGGGAACAGAUAGAGUUAAAAGCCUGGUCUACAAUGCUCAAGGUCUCUUACAUAGGCUCUCUCUGGCUGCACUCUUCUGAGACCUGCAUUAUUGACAAGGUCAGGGUCAAUCCAUUAAUCACGCUGCAGGUGUGUUUUACACCCAGCUGUUCCUGCUCAGCAAUCAGUACCUGCAACACCAAGAAUUAUUUAAAAGCAGUUCUCAGCUCACAUUGACAGCUCUAUACAGGGUUUCAUGAAGGAAAAACCAAUCUUUACAUUUAAAGCAGGUAUAAAUGAAGACUAAACACAUGGUUGUUGUAGUUUUAUUUUGUUUUUGACCACAUGUUUGACCUGAUUUCUUCCUUUUGUUACAGAAUUCGGGAAAGGUUUCUCUAGCUUUAUUCCAGUUCAAGUAACUGCAGAAAUGAGGUAAAAGAAAAGAUUUUUUUUUUUAAAAAAAGCUGUUAUUUGUUAAACAGCUAACAGGUAACCAAACUAACUUGUGCCCUCUCUAUUUAGGGUUGUAUUGAUUCUUUGUCUGCUGAUAGGAAGUGUUUUCUCUAGCCCUGUUUGGAAAGGUAAAAUCCAGGAAUCUAGAAGCAAUGCAAGACUGACUCUCCUGCUUAUGAAUUCAUAAAACUGUGUCUCUUCUAUUUUUCUUCAGCAGAGCAAGGAUCGGGCACUCAAGAGCUGGCCGCCACAAGCCACAUGGUACCAUCAUAUCCUGCAUCAGGAAGAGUGGAGAGUGCUGGUCUGGGCAGCAGCUCCUCUCUACCAGGUCUCGUCAACCCAGGCUAUGUUUCCAGUGCUGGUCUUAGCACCUAUGGAAGCUCUGGAGGUUAUAGUGGCCCUGCCUUGGCUGCUGGAAGCACUGGAGUCGGUGGGUUUGGGGCCGCUUACCCACCCUCUAGUGGGUAUGACAGCAGUGCUUCAGGUGGUGGUUAUGGUGGGGCUCAUGGAGGAUAUGGGUAUGCCUCAGCCCCUGGAGGUGCUGGCUGGAACUCUGGAUCCACUUCCUACUACGCUGCUGGGGAUAGUGGGGAUGGAGGCUCAGAGCCAAUUUUCAGCGACGUGUCUGAUCUGGAUCCAGUCUACGCCUUCAGUUCUCGUUCACGAUAUCAGAGAGGAAGAGCAGUGUUUGCCCAAAGCCGCUACACCCCAGGAGAGGCUCUUGUUCAGCCAAUGCCAGAAUACAGACCAGUCAUCAAAAAUCCAGUCAUGAUCAACAUUCCUGUCCAGGAACCAGUGAAAACCAUGCCUGUUAAAGCUGCCCCACAGAUGCAAGUUCAAGCUCAAAGCCAAGGAAGCUACUAAAGAUCUCACUGGUGAGAGGGAAAUCUGAAUGGGCAUGAUUAUUUAGUCUUGAUCAGUAAAUAAACUGUCCUAUUUUUUAUUUUUCCCUUGGCAGGUCUCAUCGUGUGACUGAACUUGUCAUGACCACAUGCCAAUAAACUAAUUUGAAAGUGGCAAAUUUAUGUUUUGGCAUGUUUUUUUAAUACUUGAGGGGAAAAAACAAUUCUAUGACUGUCUUACCAUUACUAACAGUUUACUUUAUUCUUAUUGGUUGAACUGAUGAGAGGCCUUCUUUCUGACAUUUCAUUAGGUUGGUAACUACAUCUCUGCAUUGGCGCUCAAGUGGACUUUAUCUCAUCAGUGUUUCUGUACCCAUUGUUAAUAGGAGGUGGGGAUGGGGUCUUACUUUACACUCUGGUCUUCAAUAGUAUUUUCAUUCAGGGCCUGCCAACCAGUUGUGAGCUAUGAAAGGGUUUUUGAUUUACAUUUCCUUCAAAUUCCACAGUAUCGUGCUCAAGUUACCAAAUCUGGCAGAAAUUGAAGGUCUAUUGUAAAAUUUGGGUCAGAAGUGUUUCAAAUAUCUGUGGGAAAAUGGUUCAGUAUUGCCCUGUAGCAGCUUUCAAAAUUGUAGCUCCAUGAGGUCGCCUAUAAAGAACAGCUCACAUACAAGUCAAAGCUGCUCUAGCAGCUCAUCAAAUUUUAAUGUUUAACUGCCAUUAUUUGGGGAUUCAUUCAGCAGAAGACCAUUUUAGAUUCUCUUGAGCUUGCGUACAAGAUUCCAGCCACUGAGGCUUGUCAAAGUUGUCUUGCCACUGAAAUUAAUGUGACUGUAACUCCAACUGGCUAAGCACAAACUCUACAGCUUCACAAACAUGUUUAGAAGUCCACUGUUUGCAACCAUUGCACCACACUUGUGACGGGCAGGAAGCUUUGGAGGACAUGAUUCAGUAUGAUAACACUGAAUUCCGACUGUGUACAGUCAGUUGGAAAAACAGGGCGAUGCAGAGUCAUUAUGACUGUUCUUUCACUGAUACAUACACUGAAGCUGAUAGACCUCUAUCAGCCCCUUUCCGGUGUGUUUUCUUGGAUAGGUCUCCAUCUCAUGAGAAUAACAGGCUGUCUUCAUAAAAUGAAAAACUCACUAAAAACUAACAGUGAGAUGGGAAAAGACAGUAAACUAUUCAGACCGGGAAGCAUUUUAUUACACACAUCAAAGUUUCAAAUAAUUUCUGUUUGGGCUUCCCACUAAUCAUGUGAUUCAUUCUAGAAAAGGCAAAAUGAGAAAUCUGACAUUUCCAACAAAGUGACCAGUGACCAGUAGUUGUUUCCUAAACAGGAAGCUAUGUUGGGGUGCCCUCUGCUGGUCCAUAUGUCUCACUUUACCAAGUUUAAUGAACUAACAUCCAAAAAUGAUUUUUGAGAGGGAAUUUCUUUGUUGGCUUUCAUGUUGCAUCAGAAAAAUGAUGAGUCACUUAAUUUCAUAUUUACAGAACAGCCUACUAUGAAAUAAUUUUUUGAGGUUGGUAUAGUAAAAGAAGUUUGGUAAAGCUUUGAACUCGUGUGUGCAGAGCUGAUCCUGAGUUGACCGAAAGGUGAAUUACAUGAGAGGUAGUGGGAGAAGAGUAAACUGAGAAAAAAGGUUAUGUAAGAAUGGAGAUUUAUUUGUAAAUAUUGCAAUGUAAAGUGAUAAUGUACUUAUACUAAUCCAACUUUAAUUCAUAACCCCAGUCACUAAUCUUUGAAACACUGAGUUUGUAUUCAGACCAUUUGCAGGACAUUUUCACUGUAAAAUAAGUUGGUCUAAAA